UUAUUUUCAAUUUAAAAUUGUUUGUAAGGCUUAUCGAUAGAGUGCGUAUAAAGUUAACAGUAUUAACACUGUUAUCAGUAGGUUUUUCCGGUAGAUAUUCAAUGUCUGAAUAAGAUUAUUGUAAUUUAAUAUCACUAACUGGACUACAUAACUAUGAGUUAGUCGUACUUCGUUAAUGACGUCAGUGAAGGGGAUUUGUUGCUUAGUACUCAUAGUGUAUAUUCAUCGAAUAAUGAACAGUAUUACAACAAACAUUCACAUUAUGGCUGAUUCGCUAUGCGGCAUCUGCCCAUUUCUCAUACAUUGGUUACAUAACACAUGCUUAUUAUCUACUAAAAAUCAUUUUAACACUUUAAUUAUUAAGUUAUUAAUGUUUAUAACUAUAAUCGUAACAACUUAUAUUCAGUUUGUAAAUGAAUCAACUCAGAAGAAUAAUACUGUCCGGAUCUAACUUAGUCAUGAACAAAAGAAGUACAAGUGUUCACUCAGCUGGUAUUGAACAAAUAUAUGAAAUGCCUCUUAAUGAAAUCAUACGACCAAUCCCACCACAAGUAGAUGAAGCAAAAGUUAAAAGUUUAAUGGAUGCUUUGUCUGAUUCAAGUCUCAAAGAUUCAGUACCCCCAAUAGAUGUAUUAUGGAUUAAAGGAAAAGAGGGAGGUAAUUAUUACUAUUCAUUUGGUGGAUGUCAUCGAUAUGCUGCUCAUAAACGUUUGAAUAUGAAAACAGUUAAAGUAAAAUUGGUAUCUUCAACCAUUCAAGAUUUACACAAUUACUUAGGAGCAUCUACACCUGACCUUAAAUAACAUUAUCAGAUUAACUUAUAUUGGAUUUAAAAUGAUUAAGGAUGUCAAUAAAUUUCAGCACAUAAAUUGGAAGUUAUUUUAAUUAUUAAAAAUAAAUAA